CAGUAGCGAAGCUUCUCUGCGGGCAACGUGAAUCUUCUCCCGGGCCGGGGCCGUCCUGGAUCACAUGGUUAGCUGUGAUUUACUUUCCAGCCUUCUGUUUUUCACUCACAUGACAUCAGUAUAGCUACCAGUGUAUUUUGGAAAUUUUAUGAGAUAUGAUACUUCUUUCAAUUUGUUUAUAGACUGGAAGAAGCACUGCCUUUAGACAAUGGGAAGCAGUAACUCCAAAAUAAAGUUUCCAUUUUCUCCAAGGAACAGUGUGAAGGACCACUAUAGAAGUGUAGAACAGAAAGUCUUCAAUCAAAAUUCUGCACUGGGUGAUUUAUCAUUGGACACAGACACCAAUAGCCAUACAGACACACCAGAAACUUACAGCAGUGAUGAGGACACUGGGGGCAUAUUUUACAGGUUUGUGAUUCUUCAUGCUGAGGAUGAUAUAGAUGAAGCUGUUAGAGUCCAGGAGCUGCUGCAAAAUGAAUUCUGUAUUAAACCAGGAAUAAUCUUUGCUGAAAUGCCUAGUGGUAGGCACCUGUUGGAAAAUUUACAAGAUGCCAUGAAUGGCUCUGCAUGGACAAUUAUCUUGUUGACAGAAAACUUCCUUAGUGAGCAUUGCUGUGAAUUCCAGGCUUACGCUUGUCUGUUCAGUUCACUUACCAAGCCACACAAGAGCAACACAGUCAUUCCUCUCAGGCCACGGAAUACCUCGCUUCCACUGGAGAGGACUCCUCUUGUUCUUGGGGCCCUUAAUGCUCUACAAGAAGAUAGUCCUGGGUUUGCUGUACAAGUAAAGAAAAUUUUUCAGGAGUCUAGCUAUAGGCAACAGCAAGCUGUAUGGAAAAAUAAAAAGAAGGAAGAUGUACAAGAGUUGCUGGAAUGGUGAAAGUGUAGACAAUUUAAAGUGAAGCUGAACAAAGUCUUCGUAAUAAUUUGGUCCAUUUCUGCCUUGUGGAUUAUGCUGCGGACAUCUCCCAAGAACCAUUUGAGAUGGGAAUUUACUCUUCUGAUUAGAUUAUCUGCAUGGUGUUAAUUUGUCAUUAUGUUCUACUUCUACAACCCUGGCAGAAGAAGAUCCUAAGAAGAGUGGGCAUAGUUCAGUGGUACUCCUGCCUCUUGUAAACAGGGGGUGCAGGCUUUUGUAAUUUCAGAAAGCUGGAAAAUCUGUU